AUGGAUCUCAGAACAUCACUAGCCUUCUUUCUCGGAAGUGCUCAUAGGGUUGUAAGAGAUAUACUAUUCAAGCAGUGGAAAGACAAGGACAAAGAAGUUCAAGUUUACGAGGGUUUACGAAAAAUCCUAAAUUACAAUGAGUUGAUGAGCCAAAGCAAGUUUUGUUUAUGCCCUAGUGGAUGGGAUCUAGCAAGUCCAAGAGUGGCAAAAUCAAUAUAUGUAGGAUGUGUUCCAGUGAUAAUUUCAGAUUCAUAUGUUCUACCAUUUAGUGAUGUUCUUGAUUGGAGCAAAUUUUCAAUUCAUAUUCCAGUAGGAAAGAUACCAGAGAUUAAGAAGAUUCUGCAGUGUUCCAGAGGAUGUGUAUCUGAUAUUUUGCAUAUAGUUUUGCAUUCUAUAUGGCUUAGAAGACUUAAUGUUAGGUUUCCAUUAUAG